UCGACGACCAUGGCUUCCUUCGAGAAAACUAAGACUAAGAGAACCCAAGGAAGACAAAAGAUCGAAAUAAAGAAACUGGAAAAGAAGAGCAACAAGCAAGUCACCUUCUCCAAACGACGCUCCGGUCUCUUCAAGAAAGCCGGCGAGAUCAGCGUCCUCUGUGGCUGCGACGUCGCCGUCAUCGUCUUCUCUCCCAACGGCAAACUCUUCUGCUUCGGCCACCCAUCCGUAGACGACGUCGUUCGCUCUUAUCUCAACGGAACAGUAGUACUACCCCCCGAUAACGAUACUAGUGCUGCUGCUAAUAUGCGCAGUACCAGUUCUGCUGCUUACGUGGAAGCCAUGGCCGAGUUGGAAGAGGCUGAGAAGAAGAAGAAGCAAGCGAUCAGGCAAGCGAGACUGGCGUCGCUUUUAGAGAAGAAUAAUGGUGGAGAAGGAGGAGGCAACGGCGGCGCGUGGUGGGAUAAUCCGGUGGAGGAUAUGGGGUUUGAAGAGUUGGUGAAUCACUUGUCUAUGUUGAUUGAGCUUCGAAAUAAAGUCACCGCCGCCGGUGCUAAUAAGGCUCCGGCUUCGGAUAUGGAGCUUCCUAAGACGACGUCGUAUGGUGGUGAUUGGAGAUUGGGCUUGAAUAUUUAAUUUACCUUUUAUUUAUUAUUGUUAUUAUUAUUAUUAUUAUUGAUGGUUUUAUUGGUUUUUUACUGUCUGUAUAAAAAAAAAA